GCUGCAAGUGACCUCCCAGGAACCAGUUGCUAAGCUGGUGUUUUUGCCUGAGACUUGGCUGCGGCUUCCUAGGGAGCCCAGGCCUCCCCUCCACUCAGCCCUUCCCUUUGGACUCAGAAGAUUCAACAGCCUGACCUCACCAGUCUCUGGCCUCUUCCCUUCCACUCCAGAAAGUGAGCAGAAUCUGCAAGAGCCAUCUGUAAAGUUCCUUAAGGAUCCAUCGGAAACAAAAUGAAUCCCAGGGAAGAGAAAGUAAAAAUAAUUACAGAGGAGUUCACUGAAAAUGACGAGGAGGCAGAUGUGGGAAGGUGGAAGAAGAAUUCAAAGGCUGAAAGACAUCGAAAAAAGAAACAGCCACCAACAGCUGGCCCCGGGGAAAUGGUGUCUGAAAAAGCCCAUGGCAGCUCCCAGCAGGAGCCGGGACAGGAAGAGUCCCAGACUCGGCUCGUCAGUGUGCCGGCCCGGCGGGGCCCUCGGAGUGUCACUCAGUUCCGGCCAGCUGGCUUACCUCCAAUUCCUUCAACAUCCAGAACGGGCUUCGCAGAGUUUUCCAUGAGGGAGCGCAUGCGGGAGAAGCUCCAAGCCGCAAGGUCCAAGGCAGAAAGUGCAUUGCUGCAGGAAAUUCCCACCCCGAGACCCAGGCGCCUGCGAAGUCCCAGAGAGAAAGAAACGGAGACUGCAUUUGGCACAGAGCCAGGCAAAGAGAUACAAGCGACUCACCAAGAAGAAGAUUCCCAAAGUUAUUCAAGAGUAAAAUUCCAUGAUGCUGUACGAAAAAUCAAGUCUAAACCUCAGGCUCCACCUGGCUACCCUUCUGCAGAAGAGGCCUACAACUUCUUCACCUUCAACUUCGAUCCUGAACCAGAGGAACCCGAGGUAAAAGCAAAAGUAAGAGCCAGAGAUGGAACCAAUCAGAAGGAGGAGGAGGAGGAAGGGGAGGAAGAAGAAUCCCCCGCAGGAGGCGUGAACAAAACGGAUGAAGAAGAGCUGCUCAGCGGUAAGGAUGCUGAGGACCUCCUGUUGGGUUUGGACCCCGCAGCUGAUGAUUCUGUGGCAGUCCGACCUGCAGAGUAUGAAAGCAUCCACACCUGGCUGGAAAAGGAAAAGGAAAUCCUCUUUAUCCCCAGUAGACAAGCAGUGCCGAUCUGUGAGAAGCUUCCAGAGAACGUGCAGCCCCGCUUCCCCGAGGACGAAGGCUUGUACACGGGAGCGCGGCCGGAGGUGACGCGCGCCAACCAGAACGUGGCGGAGAGCCGGCUGCUGCGGCAGGAGUCCGGCAGGAAAUGGUUUGGUGAUGAUGGCAGAAUCCUGGCUCUGCCAAGCCCCAUCAGGCCCUUUCCCUCCCGGCCCCCGCGGCUGGCCCAGGAGCCCAGUGCCAAGGCAGGACUUGAGACGCUGUAUAGAAAGGCAGUGAAGUACGUGCACAGGACUCAGCAUAUGAUUGGAUCUGGAGACCCUCCUGGAAAUUUCCAACUGGACAUUGAUAUUUCGGGUUUAAUCUUCACUCAUCACCCCUGUUUUAGCCGAGAGCACGUUUUGGCUGCCAAGCUGGCCCAGUUGUAUGACCAGUACCUUGCAAGACACCGGAGAAACAAGGCGAAGUUUCUUACUGAUAAGCUCCAAGCACUAAGAAAUGCUGUUCAGACUGGCCUGCAUCCAGAAAAACCCCAUCAGUCUCUUGAUGCAACCCAAAAGACUGUCAAUGAAUAUAAAUCUGAAAUUCGGGAAACAAGAAAAAUGCGCAAUGCUGAACAAGAAAAAGAUCGAACACUGCUCAAGACCAUCAUAAAAGUGUGGAAAGAGAUAAAAUCCCUUCGAGAGUUCCAGAGGUUUACGAAUACAUCCUUGAGACUUGUUCUGAGAAAGGAAAAAGUUGACCAGAAAGCAGAUGAAGAAGCAUAUGAAGCAGAAAUUCAAGCUGAAAUAAGCGAGUUGAUGGAAGAGCACACAGAAGAGUACGAACAGAAGAUGGAAGCGUACAGAGCUUCAUACCAGCAAUGGAGAGCUUGGAAAAAAGCCCAGAAGGUCAAGAAGAAAAAAAAGAAACAAGCAGAAGAGCAUCCCGAGGGACAGGCUGAGGAGGAGUCCUAUCCUGGGGAGGAGCCCGCAAAGCCGGUCCCCCCAGAACUCCCAGACCAGGUGGCCCUAGAGCAGCAGGUGAGGGAGCGAGCAGCCCAUAGCAGGAGGCGGCCGAGCGAGCCUGUGCUACUCCCGGAGCUGAGCCUGGCGGGGAGCGUGACACCCAAUGACCAGUGUCCCAGGGUGGAGGUCUUGCGAAGGGAAGAUGUGAAGCGGCGCUCAGUGUAUUUAAAGGUGCUCUUCAACAGCAAGGAGGUAUCCAGGACGGUCAGUCGGCAACUGGGGGCAGACUUCCGUGUUCACUUUGGACAGAUUUUCAAUCUGCAGAUAUUCAACUGGCCGGAGAGUUUAACUCUUCAGGUCUAUGAAACAGUUGGACACAGCAGUACUACCUUGCUAGCAGAAGUGUUCCUGCCUAUCCCUGAGACUACCGUUGUCACCGGAAGGGCUCCCACUGAGGAAGUGGAGUUCAGCAGUAACCAGCACGUGACCCUGGACCACGAGGGAGUUGGAAGUGGCGUGCCCUUCUCCUUCGAAGCGGACGGCAGCAACCAGCUGACUCUCAUGACCUCCGGGAAAGUGUCCCACAGUGUGGCGUGGGCCGUGGGAGACAACGGGGUCCCGCUGAUUCCCCCCGUGUCGCAGCAGAACGCGGGAUUUCGGAGUGCUUUGAAGAGAGCAGAUGCCAUCUCAUCAAUUGGCACAUCAGGGCUGACAGACAUGAAGAAGCUGGCCAAGUGGGUGGCCGAGUCCAAGCUGGACCCCAAUGACCCCAACAACGCCCCUCUGAUGCAGCUAAUCUCGGUUGCCACCAGUGGAGAAUCUUAUGUCCCUGAUUUCUUUCGACUGGAACAGCUGCAACAAGAAUUUAACUUUGUCUCAGAUGAGGAAUUAAAUAGAUCCAAACGAUUCCGGCUUCUCCGUCUUAGAAGCCAAGAGGUGCCAGAAUUCCGAAAUUAUAAGCAAAUUCCGGCAUAUGACCGAGAAAUUAUGGAAAGGGUAUUCCAGGACUAUGAGAAACGUUUACGAGACAAAAGCGUAAUUGAAACCAAGGACCACAUGGACACCCACCGAGCCAUAGUUGCCAAGUACCUGCAGCAGGUUAGAGAGUCAGUAGUAAAUCGUUUCCUAAUUGCAAAACAUCAUUUCCUUCUUGCUGACUUGGUAGUAGAAGAAGAAGUUCCCAAUAUCAGCAGUUUGGGCCUAAGCCUCUUCAAGCUGGCAGAACAAAAGCGACCACUGAGGCCAAGGCGAAGGGGCCGGAAGAAGGUGACGGCCCAAAACCUGUCUGAUGGAGACAUAAAGCUGCUGGUGAACAUCUGCCGGGCUUACGACAUUCCAGUGAGGAAACCCUCAGCAAGCAAAUUCCAGCAGCCAUCGAGGUCUUCGAGGACUUUCAGUGAGAAGCAUGCUGCUUCCCCGAGUGCACACAGCCCUAACCAAAGCCCCGACAACCCUCUUGGCCAGGUUUUAGUCCGUCCUUUUGUAGAAGUCUCUUUUCAACGAACCAUUUGCCACACAACCACAGCUGAAGGACCAAACCCCAGCUGGAAUGAAGAGCUUGAAUUUCCAUUCAGGGCCCCUAACGGGGAUUAUAGCUCAGCCAGUUUACAGUCGGUGAAAGAUGAUGUGUUCAUUAAUAUUUUUGACGAAGUGCUAUGCGAUGUCUUAGAGGAUGAUCGGGAAAGAGGAAGUGGAAUCCACACUCGGAUUGAGAGGCACUGGUUAGGAUGUGUGAAGAUUCCAUUUAGCACUAUAUAUUUCCAAGGAAGGAUUGAUGGAACAUUUAAAAUAGAUACUCCCCCAGUUCUCCUGGGCUACAGUAAGGAGCGAAACAUGCUUAUUGAGCGAGGCUUUGAUUCUGUCCGAAGCUUAAGUGAAGGUUCCUAUAUUACGCUGUUUAUCACCAUUGAGCCACAGCUGGUUCCAGGAGAGUCCAUCCAAGAGAAGAUGAGUGACAUGCUUAAGAAGUUUGAUUCUCAGGAAGAUGAGAAAUUGCUUCAAGCAACAGAGAAGUUUCAAGUUGAGUGUGCCUUAAAGUUCCCGAGUCGUCAGUGCCUUACGACAGUAAUUGACAUAAGUGGAAAAACAGUUUUCAUUACACGAUAUCUCAAACCUUUAAACCCUCCUCAGGAGCUCCUGAACGCCUACCCCAGUAACCCACAGGCCACUGCAGAACUGGUAGCUCGAUAUGUUUCCUUGAUUCCUUUCUUGCCUGACACGGUUUCCUUUGCUGGCAUCUGUGAUCUCUGGAGCACAUCUGAUCAAUUUCUUGAUCUCCUGGCAGGCGAUGAAGAGGAGCACGCGGUGCUGCUGUGUAAUUUCUUUCUGUUCCUGGGAAAGAAGGCCUGGGUGGUGAUGGGCAAUGCUAUUCCUGAGGGUCCAACUGCCUAUGUGCUAACUUGGGAACAAAAUCAUUAUUUAAUAUGGAAUCCCUGCAGUGGACAUUUUUAUGGACAGUUUGAUACAUUCUGCCCCUUGAAAAGUGUGGGUUGUUUAAUUGGUCCUGAUAAUAUUUGGUUUAAUAUUCAACAGUAUGAUUCUCCACUAAGGAUAAAUUUUGAUGUCACCAAGCCCAAGUUAUGGAAACCUUUUUUUUCAAGAAGCCUUCCAUAUCCUGGCCUUUCCAGUGUUCAGCCUGAAGAGCUAAUUUAUCAACACACAGAUAAAACGGCUGCAGCGGAGCUACAAGACAGGAUUGAAAAAAUGCUAAAAGAAAAAAUCAUGGACUGGAGACCGCGCCAUCUGACCCGGUGGAACAGGCACUGUAUCUCGACUCUGCGCCACUUCUUGCCUCUGCUGGAAAGAAGCCAAGGAGAAGGCGUGGACGAUGACCACAGAGCAGAACUGCUGAAACAGCUCGGAGACUACAGGUUCUCUGGAUUUCCCCUUCACAUGCCCUAUUCUGAAGUGAAGCCUUUAAUUGAAGCCGUGUACAGCACUGGAGUGCAUAAUAUUGAUGUUCCUAACGUCGAAUUUGCUCUAGCUGUGUAUAUCCACCCAUACCCUAAAAAUGUUUUGUCCGUCUGGAUCUAUGUUGCUUCCCUCAUACGCAACAGGUAAUUGGUUCACAGUGCUUUUUAUAUCAUGUAAAAACUAUAACUAGCAUAUGAGAAUAUUUUUUAAAUGAAAUAAAAUUUCCUCACCUAUUUUCAAA